UUCUGGUUUUGGUCCCUCAGUCUCAGAUGGAUUAUGGCUCCCAGGAGGAUGGAAACCAAACCGGCGAUCUUCUGCCUGAAGACGCUGCUGCUGCUCUACUCCUUCAUCUUCUGGGUGACAGGGGUGGUCCUGCUGGUGGUGGGGUUAUGGUGGAAGUUCAUGUUGGGUCCCUACAUGUUGCUGAUCUCUAGCAGCCCUUCCAGUGCUCCCUACGUCCUCACUGGCACCGGCGCUGCCAUUGCCCUGUUCGGACUGUUCGGCUGUUUUGCCACCUGUAGGGGGCGUCCUUGGAUGUUAAAACUGUACGCAGUGUUUCUGUCUCUGGUCUUCAUGACUGAACUCAUUGCUGGGAUCUCUGGAUUUGUCUUUCGUCAUGAGAUUAAAGGGACAUUCCUCACUGCCUACAGUGCAGCAGUGAUGAGAUACGACGGACGAGAUGACAGGAGUGUGGCAGUGGAUGGUGUCCAACGCAGAUUACACUGCUGUGGAGUUUAUAAUUACACCAGCUGGUUCAGCAGUGUGUAUUUUCCCAUCAGUGGGAUUCCUACCAGCUGUUGUGUUCAUGUCUCUGACUGCAAUGAAGCAGACCUGAAGAACACCACUCUGGCAGCACAGAAGGUCUACAAAGAGGGUUGCUAUGAGCUGGUUGUGUCCUUCAUAGAGAGCAACAUGGGAAUCAUUGCUGGAGUUACCUUUGGUAUUGCCUUCUCUCAGCUGGUCGGUGUAACUCUGGCCUGCUGCUUGUCUCACUUCAUCAACAGCAACCAGUACGAGAUGAUCUAACAGGAAAGUGAAUAAGAUGUACAUCACCAUGGAAACCUUAGGAAAAACACACACAUACAAACACUGUUAGCAUUCCUCUUGUAUUUAUUUUGUGUCUUGCUGUGAAAUACUGAAAAUUGACCCCUUUGUGUUCUCUCUCUUUGUGUUGUUAGGAUCUUUCUUUGUAUGUGUGUCAGGCUCAGGUCCUGAAAAAACCUGUUGUCAGUAACAAUCAUAUUCAGAAAGCCCUCUUAGGGGCACCAGAACACUUGAAAGGCUUUCACAUUUUUAGGUUAAAGUUGAAAUUUGAUUCUGUGGCAGUGUGCUGUGUUUGAAAGACGUGUUGUUCAUGUUUCAUAUUCUGUGUACUGUGAUGUGACAGAUUUUAUAUUUCUGUUUUCUGAAUGACAAACUCACUGAUAACUAUUUGAGACAUGCAAUGUUUUCAACAAAAUAAAGGAGGCUGCGUGUUGUGUCGAUAAAUCCAACAUAAGAAAACCUUACAUGUAACAUGUAACUUUACCUUGACAUAAUAGCAUCACACAGUUGCUGCAGCUUUGUCAGCUCCACA